UGCCCACCCCCGGCCACCUCCAAGCCCACUGCCAGCUGGCAGCCAACUGCCCGCGAGGUGCCAGCUCCUGUACCUCCUGUACUGUACCUCCUCCUCCUCCAGCAUCCUGUCAGCGCUUGCGGCCAACUCUUUGCUCUGCCGCCCGCUACGCCUUCAUCCUCUCUACACACGCAAAUCGCACCACCCCAGUCACAGUCUCAUUUCCCAAGAGUUAACCGUCCCCCCUAAGGACCGCCGCCAGCCUUAACCCUUUUCCACCUCCCGCCUCCACUUGGUUUCUCCCCCCCAAGCCCAAAGCAACACUACCACCUGUACCCCCAAAGCCAAACGGGCAUCUUCAAACGCCUUUUUCCCUCUUCCCUACUUCUCCUUCUUCAACCUCUCGUGUUGGCCUUCGUGUCUUUCUUGUAUCAUACGCCUGCUCUCUCUUCGGUUGAGCUUUUGCAAGUCACGUCCAGUUGUUGUAUCAGUGCUUAUUAACAUUUGCUACUGCGACUUGCGAAGCGCGAUAGUGAGAAUUUCCUUCUUGUACGACUAUCUACAACAUAUUUUUAAAACACACCAAUUGCAACUCGCCGAUAAACCGCUAAAAUGGGUUGCGGAAUGAGUGCUGAGGACAAGGAGGGCAAGGCCCGCAACGAGGAGAUUGAGAACCAGCUCAGACGCGACCGCAUGAUGCAGCGUAACGAAAUCAAGAUGCUUCUUUUGGGUGCUGGUGAAUCCGGCAAGUCUACCAUUCUAAAGCAGAUGAAACUUAUCCAUGAGGGCGGCUACUCCAGAGAUGAGCGUGAAUCCUUCAAGGAAAUCAUCUUCAGCAACACCGUCCAGUCGAUGCGCGUCAUCCUUGAGGCCAUGGAGUCUCUUGAGCUUCCCCUUGAGGACCAGCGCAUGGAGUACCAUGUUCAGACCAUCUUCAUGCAGCCUGCCCAGAUCGAGGGUGAAAUCCUUCCCCCUGAGGUUGGUGGCGCCAUUGAGGCUCUCUGGAAGGACCGUGGUGUGCAAGACUGCUUCAAGCGCUCGCGCGAGUACCAGCUCAAUGAUUCCGCACGAUACUACUUCGAUAACAUCGCCCGUAUCGCCACUCCUGACUACAUGCCCAACGACCAGGAUGUGCUGCGCUCUCGUGUCAAGACCACUGGUAUCACGGAAACGACAUUCAUUAUUGGUGACUUGACGUACCGUAUGUUCGAUGUUGGUGGUCAGCGUUCCGAACGUAAGAAGUGGAUUCACUGCUUCGAGAACGUCACUACCAUUCUCUUCCUGGUCGCAAUCUCCGAGUACGAUCAGCUGCUCUUCGAAGACGAGACCGUCAACCGUAUGCAGGAAGCCCUGACCCUGUUCGACUCCAUCUGCAACUCGAGGUGGUUCACAAAGACAUCGAUCAUUCUCUUCCUCAACAAGAUUGAUCGCUUCAAGGAGAAGCUGCCCGUCAGCCCCAUGAACCACUACUUCCCCGACUACGAGGGCGGCGUCGACUACUCUGCCGCCUGCGACUACAUCCUCAACCGCUUCGUCAGCCUCAACCAGCACGAGGCCAAGCAAAUCUACACUCACUUCACCUGCGCUACCGACACCACACAGAUUCGCUUCGUCAUGGCCGCGGUCAACGAUAUCAUCAUCCAGGAAAACCUCCGCCUUUGCGGUCUUAUUUAAACGGCGCACGCUCCUCUUUUUUUGCGAAUCUUCUUUUCUUGCUACUGUUAUUUUUGCUCUGUGCAUGAAAUACCCUCAAAGCUCAUGACGAACCCACCGAACGAGCUACUGGAACUGGGCGCCCCUGAGGUGUUCGCUGUGCAACUGAAUACCCCGGUCUGCGCCUCUCGACUAUGAACACGACUAUAUCCACGUUCAACGGUUCGGAGCCAACUGCUAUCUGCAGUCUUGAAAUAGCAGCCUCUCAGUCCUAGGACGCCACUCCACGCUCGAUUCCUCACACACCCCUCUAACCCCCCUUCUCGUGGUAUUUCAUUUUUCUUUAUUUUUACGGCUGUUUCAUCCUCGAUUUCGUUGUUUCCAGCGCUGGAGGGGUUCCAACUGGACCAGGUUAGGAGAACAAUGCGCGUCUAUUCAGCAACUCUUUUUUUCCCUUGCAAAAUCCGUUUUCUUUUUCUUGUAUUGCCAAAUUAGCAGCAAAAUAUGUCACUGUCCUUUUCAUGGUUGUUUUUAUUUUCUUUUUUUAAGGGUGGCACGGAAGUGAAGAUCCUGGAUGGAUCAGAGUCAAAUUCACCAGUGGGAGCUUUUGGAACCGCCACUUCCUCUAUAUUGAAGUGUAGUGUUAGGUGUAGAAGGAAGGUGGAUAUUACGGAAGAUGUCGAUAAAAGAAAGGUAGAAAUCAUUUACUUUUGUUU